UCCCACAAGGACAGACACAUAACCCAUUAAUAAAAUGUUCUCUGAGAGCCAAGUACGUUGUAUAGCCUAUCGUUUGCAUUGUGCUCUCCACUUGCGCAUGUCGUGAAUUAAUUACAUCACCAAAACUACUUUAAAUCACACAUUUGCUUGAACAUGACAUAAACCAAUUUGACCAGAUAGAUGAAUCACAACCCGGCAGGCUAAUCGUCAUCCCUGAAGCCCGUAUUUAUCGAGUCUGUGUUGCUCCAUCACGUUCCAAUCAUGCACUCUCAGCCGCGCCUGCCGUCAGCGCAACUCGAGCUUGGGACUGUUGGAUCAGUGGCUUAGCAGGAAUAACUAAAGAAAGGUGAAAAAAUCGUACUACUGGAUGACUAUCAAGUCCUGACACUUCAUGAGGCUCAGUUUCGCACUGUCUUUCUGAGCGCGCUGAGAAUGGGAGCCCACCAGCUCUCGGUACCGGUGGAGUGGAUGAAAACAGACCGGACAACUUUUACCUUACGACGGGCGGAUUCUUUGAUGGCACUACAUGCAUUCUACGCUGGAAAAGCCUAAAAGGUCUCUGAUCCAGCCCCUCUCCAAUGUCACCCGGACGUCCACAUGGCGACGUUUAACGGCUCGGAACGCCCCUCCUGGAACGACUCGGAACGGGUUCCGGAAGACCUCCUCCUCCUGCGCAACUCCUCCGGCGGGUGGCCGGGGGGGAGGACGGCGUGCAACUACUACGCCAUGCUCUACUCCCUGCUCAUCCUGGCCAUCGUGUUUGGCAACGCGCUGGUUUGUCUGGCGGUGGUGAGGGAGAGGUCCCUCCAGACCACUACCAACUACCUGGUGGUGAGCCUGGCCGUGGCCGACCUGCUGGUGGCCUCCCUGGUCAUGCCCUGGGCCGUCUACCUGGAGGUGGUUGGAGGGGCGUGGCUCUUCAGCAGGAUGUACUGUAACAUCUUCGUCACACUGGAUGUCAUGAUGUGUACCGCCAGCAUCCUCAACCUGUGUGCCAUCAGCAUCGACAGGUACACAGCGGUGGUGAUGCCCGUCCUCUACAACACCACCCACAGCUCCAGGAAGCGCGUCUCCGUCAUGAUCGCCACUGUGUGGAUCCUGGCCUUUGCCGUCUCCUGCCCCCUGCUGUUCGGAUUCAACACAUCAGGUGAGACACACGACCCAGCGGUCUGCUCCAUCUCCAACCCAGACUUUGUCGUCUACUCAUCGGUGGUCUCCUUCUACCUGCCGUUCACCGUCACCUUGCUGGUGUACAUCCGCAUCUACAUCUUCCUCAGGAAGAGGAGGAAGAGGAUCGCCUUCCGCCAAGCUGGCAGCGGAAAGGUCCAGCCUGGCGCCGCCCAGCCCUCUGUGGUGAGAACACAGCCGUGGGCUCCCACAGGGGCCGUGAAAAAAUGCUUGGACGAAUCCUGCCUGCAGGAGGACAACCCCCGGGAGAAGAGAGACCUGUCCCCCAUCAGAAUCAAAGUGGAGACUGCUGAGCCGGCGGUGACCCCCAAAGGCGGCCUGCUCAGGGGGUGCCUGAUGCGUAAGCGACCCCGCACGGCUCCGGCGGAGAACGCCGCACUGCCCCCGGUGGACAUCCAGAACUACUGCAGCAUCAGCCACGCCUCCUGCGGACGCACUGAGCACGAGCGCACAGAGAAAGAGGGAUCCAAGGAGGAGGAGGAGGAGGAGCGCGUCCCCGCACGGAGGAGCUGCCAGGUCAAGGAGCUGUCAAAUGGCCGCACUCACACGACCCUCCAGCCCCGCACCCAGUCCCAGGGCAGCCAGCAGCAGCAGAGGGUCAGGAGCAUGCAGAACAGGGAGAAGAAGGCCACACAGAUGCUGGCCAUCGUCCUCGGGGUGUUUCUGAUCUGCUGGCUGCCGUUCUUUGUGACUCACAUCCUGAACACCCACUGCGGGACGUGUCACAUCCCCCCGGAGCUCUACAGCGCCUUCACCUGGCUGGGCUACGUCAACAGCGCCCUCAACCCUGUCAUUUACACCACCUUCAACAUCGAGUUCAGGCGAGCCUUCAUCAAGAUCCUCAGCUGCUAAGGGCCAAUAUGCUCCACGGUGACCGUGUCAGCCAGAAGGCCAUGCUCUCCGACCGUGAGGCAGCUCGGGCCCGGCAGGCCAUGGGUUCAGUAGCCGUGAGAAGUACUGAGCCCGAGUAGACAAUGUCAGGGCAAGGAGUGAGUCUCAUCAGGACCAUGGGCUGCUGAGUCCCAGGGGUCCCCAGGCAACCCAUCAGGUCAGGGCUCUGAACUCCAAUGCACCUCUGAUGGACACAUCUGAGCAUGGACAUGAAUACUUCGCCCCAGCCGUGGACACAUUAGCCAUGACCGGUCCAUCUUCAGGUCCAUGCCUCAUUUUUAUUGCAAUCAUCUAUGGCUGAGUGUACAGAUCCGUAAUGACCUUGUCCGACCAUGGACUUUCUCUGAACAGACCAUGGACUUUCUCUGAACCUUGCAAUGCACUGCGCCUAACCCAAUUAAGGGUUCUGCCUCUUGACGAACCUCAGACCCGGCACGUCUGACCCCGAACAGAAUUUAAUCUGGCUUGACUGGUAUUGGACGGUUGCCUGCUCCACCUGGACACUGGAGACAUGGAGGGAGGAUGAGAGGGUACGAGUUUCAUUUAACCAAUACACAUUGAUUGAUACACUGCUGGAGAUUCAGAGAUGGG